AUGGCUGCCAACAUAUUAGACAAUUCGAGCGAUAUUUUAUUAUCGGCUUUUAAUACCUCUUCAACCAUCGAUCUGUUUGCCAUGGUCACUCACGGCAUUGAUCGACAACGUCUCCGCGUCUUUGAUGUUCACUCGGGACUUGUCAGUCACGAUUAUUAUCCCACCGACAAGGACGAAUUCACUUGCUUAAAGUGGGUCAAGUUCCGCGAAGCCGAUAUCGAAAGCCAAGAUGCCAAAGAACAAAAGAAGAGUAAAUUUAAAGAGAUGAUCCUUCUUGGUACUCAAUCCGGCGAUAUCCUUGUAUUUUCGCUUGCUGAUAACACGGUGAUCAAACGGAUUGCAGCUAUGGAAAAUGUGGCGAUAUCCAAUAUUGUUUACUACAAGGCUGAUAAAAGAGCGAUCGCGCUGGGCGCUAAUGGCCGAAUUGUCGACGUAUCGUUAACCACUGAAGAACUGGAUGUUCGAUCUUGGAGCUGUAAAAAGGUGUGCUGUAUAGCCCCUUGUUCAGACAAUAUGCAUCUGGCCGUAGCCACGGGUGGCGACAUCACCAUUUACGAUAUCAUGAACCAAAAAUCAUUGAAAGAGAUUUCAUCCGCCCACACCAAAUCCAUUGCUCUUAUGUCAUAUUCUAAUUCAACCGAUUUAUUAUUCUCUGUCGCGAAAAACGAUCCAGUCAUUCGUGUUUGGCCCGGUGUGCGCAACCGAAAUACGACUCACGCAGACCGAUUAGUCAUGACAAGACCUGUUGUCUUUUUGGACGUGCCUCGAAAACGUGAGGAUACCAUUUUGGCCAUCACAGAGGACGGCGUAGCCUCCAUUUUCCGUCUCGUCGCGUCUUCAAAGGAAAAGGAGAUGAAACGACCCACCAUGACCAUUGAGAUUCUGUCUGACAGUAAACGCAACGAACAUAUUCCCAUCCUCUCUUCUCGAUUCAUUCCCGAUAAGGAAGGUAGCUCAGUGGUUAUUGCUCGGGGAUCCGGUGUUCGCGUCUUAUUCGAGCCUGUGCGUUAUAUGCAACAACAAGGAAUCAUCACGGGUGACGUUGUUUUGACCCGGUCCGUCGUUAAACGUACCUCGCAAACAGCUUCAGAUGAGGCGGCAUUAACUAUGGAAGAUAUCAAAGCAUUAAACGACCAAUAUGUACCACCGUCUCGAGAGUUCUUGCCGCGCAUGCUUGUAGAGGCCACCUCUUCGAUGGAUACUGAGGCUAUCAAUGCAUGCAUUCGUCAAGACGAUCCUGCUGCUAUUCAGGCGGCUGUACGUGGUCUGCCAAAGAUCAAAAUCAAUCAAUUCAUGAGAUGGCUUUUGCCCCGCUACGAGCAAAAUGUCGAUGGGCAAGGCGCUGCAUUGCAAAAAUGGAUCAAAACCAUGGUUAGAGAACAUCACAGCUACAUGUUGGGCAACGAGGAUAUGGUCUCUGAACUGACACACUUAUACGAAUUGUUGAGCAAACGCCUCGAGACCUACCCUCAACUGUACGCUAUGCAAGGUCGACUCGAUCUGAUCCAGAACCAGAUCAACGUACGAACACGGACUGCCAAUCUCGGCGAUGAGGCCGUGAUUUUCACAGAUGAAGAAGAGGAAGAAUCUGACGAUGAGCUGGAAAACGAUGUUCCGAGCGAUAUAGAAGAUGAGAGACGAGAGAAUAAAGACAUGAUGGAUUUAAUCGGUGAUGCAGACGAUUUUGAGGACAAGGAAAUGUUUGCGGAAGAGCAUUUGACCGAUGAAGAAGAGGAGGAUGAUGAUGAAAACGAGGAUGAAGACAGUGAUUUAGAGGAAUAG